CGACACUUUCACAUUGUUAUAGAAUCACCAUGUCUAUGAGAUUAUUUAAUUGUUUAUAUUGACAAAUUACGUGAAAUUGAAACAAUUUGUCGCUUACGAGGUUUUGGUUGAUUAAGUUUUUAAGUGUGAUUUUAGAAAUCUCACUUUUGUCCCGUGUUAAAAUUAUUAUUAUUUUUUUGUCUGAGGUUUGUAAUUAAAAGUAACGAAACAGUUUGGUGUUGAUGUGCAGUAAUUACACCCGUACUUAUUUCAGAGACAUUUAGGUGAUUUUAGGAGUUGGUGCUUGCGGGGUCGUUCGCGUCGGAGACGGAGCUAUAUCGGCUGAUGAUCAUGGCAUUGCCCCAGGGGCCGGAAGACUGGGUUUCGCACGGUUGCACGCACACGGCCCGACGUAACAGUACCUGUGGAAUGCGUGAAGCGGCGAGGAGAGGAUAAACAAGGCCAACUUUCUACGUGCCGCAGUGUUCGCGCAGACCUGACAACUGCGUGUGACGUGUGCGAGUAAAAAUGAAUGUAUGCGUCAGGGAUGGGAGUGUUGACAGGUGAACGUGGUAGUUAGCCGUGCCCUGAAGGUAUGCCCAGUUGCGCAUUUGGUUCUGGCUGUUGUUAAAUGUCAACGUUUUUACCCUAAGAAUCAUGGAUGGAAUAGAGGCCAAUGUGCGUCGUGUGCUUUCGGGCCAAGCCCUCGGUGACUCGGAAGAAUUCUGCGAUUUUACUCUCGAAGAACAAAAUGAAGCGACAGUUGCCAAAGGCGUGGCCCCUGCUGCCGCCUCGGACUUUGUGCCCGUGGUGAAGUCGACGGUGACGUACAUCGUGGUGGGGGUCCUGGUGAACGAGCAGGAUGAGGUGCUCAUGAUGCAGGAGGCGAAGAGCUCGUGCGCGGGCAAGUGGUACCUGCCCGCGGGCCGCAUGGAGCCCGGCGAGGACAUCCAGGAGGCCGUGAAGAGGGAGGUGCUUGAGGAGACAGGCCUGGAGAUGGAGCCGACCACCUUGCUCCUGGUCGAGUGCGCCAGCGGCUCUUGGUUCAGAUUCGUCGUCACCGGGAACGUCACAGGCGGGACGCUGAAGACGCCGAAGGACGCGGACUCGGAGUCGCUGCAGGCCAAGUGGGUGAGGGACCUAGGCGAGCUGAGCCUGCGGGCGGACGACAUCCACGGCAUCGUGGAGCGGGCGAGGAGCUUCGCGGCGGCCCGGGGCCGCGAGCCCUGGCACGCGGACGUGCUGCCCGCCCUCGUGCCCCAUGCCAAGCUGCUGUUCCGCCUGGUCGUGUGCGUCCGCAAGAAGAGCAAUAAUCAAGUCCACAUAUUGCUGUCGGAAAAGACAGAAAUCCACCUGCCUGUGUGUGAGAUUAAUCCUUCCAGGAAUUUCCAUUCCACGUUGAAGAAGUAUAUGAUGAACAUUUUCGGGGCGGACGUGCCGCCUCACAAGCCGCACGGGAUCCUGAGUGUGGAGCAUUCCGGGAAGCCGGAAGGCGUGCACGACGGGGUUUGCCUGACGGUGCUGGUGUCGUUCCGCGUGCCGCUGGAGGACGUGGGGAUCAUCGAUAAGUACACCUGGCUGGAGGUGUCCCAGGACCUGGGCAACGAGCUCAUCGGCCGGCUGCGCAGGAACCUGGCCGUGCCGCUGCACGUGAUCAGGUAGAGGACUCGCGCGACGACAUACACCGGUGCGGCCGUUAACGUCGUGUCUCACUCACCGGGGAACCCGUAGCUGUCAUGUUGAUCAGGGAAGCAGUUCAGAUGAAGAGAAAUUAAAUUUUGCCAGUUGAAAUAACACUGUGAUUCUUGAGCUCGAAUAUCUGUCUGUGUGCACCUACACAAAUAUUUUUUUUUGUUAUGUUGGACCAUUUACUUAAUGUAGGUAAUUAAUUUACCAUAAAUGGAGGAUUUAUGUAUCAGGAGUACACUGAUUCAAAUGAUGCACUUUCUACCCUGUUACGUAGCUGACUUGCUGCAAUUUAUUUAUAGGUAAAAUCAGUAGUGAUAAAAUAUAUGUCUUUACCGAUGACCUUUUCAACACUGUGAACUACAAAUGUUUGAACAGUCAUGUUGAUACUGACGAGAACAUGUGGAGUAAAAACGCAGUUUUCAGCUCACUCUUGAGCUAAGAAUUGAAAUUCGUACCUACCAAAAUAAAUAUGUAUGUAAUAUACUUAUGAACAUAAAAAGAAUAUAUGACUAAGAAGAAAAUUUGUGGUGUAAUAUAUUUUACUAAUAUUCAAGUUGCAUGUGGUGAGAUUAUCAAUUUUACUUUGUUUCAAAAGCAUUUCUACAGUAAGCAUGUUGCAGAGACACUUCCCACACUGAAUUGAUAGCCUUCCUGUUGCAUGGAACCUCGCUUCUUGGCCAGAUGAGUGUGAGCUCAUUGGUGUUACCACAAAGAUAUUUACUCUAUGAUAUUAAAAUACAUUAUUUAGAAUCUGAUGCUAGGUUUAUAUUUUUAUCAUAUGUACAUAGUUAUCAGUUGGUGUAAUGUUCCCUGUAUUUUUUUAAAAUUUUUUACUGCUGUUAUGUUGGUUAUGUAUUUGUGGUUAAUUUUUAUUGUGGACUUAAAUCACUUGAUACUUUCACAAUUAUUAUUUUUAAGAAUUCAUUUAUGUGAAAGUUUUUUAUUAAUAUUUAUUUUUGUAUCUUUAUAUUGUCAUGUUUUAAUUGCUAGGUAUUUUAAUGACUACUAAAAUUAUGAUUGAAAAUUUAGUAUCAGGAUAGAUUGUCACUUUACUUUUGGGUUUUUUUUAAGGUUAUCAUUUUUGUUUAGCAUAUAGGUAUAUAAAUUUUUUUUGGUCAGCUAAUUUUGUGUUGGACUAAUCAGAGCUAAUAAAUUUAAUGUGAACAUGUACAUACCAAUGUAUCUCUGGCAUGAGGUAAUUAAUUUACUUUACUGGAGAGUU